CCAGAGUCUUCAAGCGCUGUUUCGAAUUAUUUCCACCGAAGCGACGAGGCCGUUCCAUUAGGGUUUCGAGAGAGAGAAUCUAAAAUCAUGUACGGAGGCGAGUUCGACGGUAACGCCGCUUUCGCCGGCGGCGGUUUCAUGCCUUCUCAGGCCACUACGCAAGCGCCUGAAUCCUCAUCUGCUUUCAAGAAUCGGGAUGCGCGUACCUUGCUUCCCCUGACGCUGAAGCAAUUGAACAGUGUUUCAACCAAUGGUGAAUCGAAUUUCUCCAUAGACGGCGUUGAUAUCAACACUGUUGCAAUUGUUGGACGAGUUUCUAGGAUUGAGAACAGAAUCACCCAGGUCGAUUUUGUUGUAGACGAUGGUACUGGCUGCGUUGAGUGCAUCAGAUGGUGUCAUGAGCGUCAAGAAACUGAAGAAAUGGAAGCAGUCAGGCUGGGAAUGUAUGUUCGCCUACAUGGUCACCUGAAAAGUUUCCAGGGGAAGCGAUCUAUGAAUGUUUUCUCAGUCAGGCCUAUCACUGACUUCAACGAGAUUGUACACCACUUUACCGAGUGUAUGUAUGUUCACAUGUACAACACCAAGCCACGGGGUGGUUCUAUUACUCAGGCUACUGAAACUCCUAGGCCUCAGCCAUAUUCAACAAUGCCAACGCCUGCAAGGCCAUUCCCAACCGGUCCAUCUAAUCAGUUCUCGAACCAGUUCAAUGAUCCAAUGCAUGGCGUAAGGCAAACAGUCUUAAAUUACCUGAAUCGACCUAUGCACCUGAGAUCUGAAGCUGGAGUUCACUGCGACGUGAUUGCACGCGAGUUGAGGAUUCCGCUGCAACAAGUCAAGGACGCAUUGGAACAGCUCUCGAACGAUGGCUGCGUUUACUCUACCAGCGAUGAGACUUGCUUCAAAUCAACCGCAAACGCAUGAUUAAAAUGGAUUUAUCUACAUACCAAUCUUCUUAAGUGCGGAAAAAGCCUUUUUGUAUAGGCCCUAUGGUACGACAACCUUUGUGGCUUUAGACAUCUAUCUAAUAGCUUUUGGAUUUGUUAAAACCAACUCAAAGGUUCAAUCAAAAUACCCUCGCCAUACGAUA